GGUUUCCGAGCAGCUGUCUGCAAACUUUUGACAAAACACCUGAGUGCGUGCGUGCGCCGUCUUUACGGUAAAGCCCCGCGUGUUGAUCCCGCCCUCUCUUUGAUAGAAAACUCGGUGAUGUCGCUUCGUCUUUAACGAGCUUGACCCAGAACCCAGGGAGAGGAGGGGAGAAAACACACUGAAAAAAAGAAAAAAAGGAAAGAAAGACACCCGGAAUAGUCUGGAAGGGGUCGGGGCAGGCUUUUCCCACAAGCAGUCCAUUCCUCCCUGUUUCUGGGCUUGGUGGUUCGGUGAUCUUCUACCCAUGAGCAACUAGAGCUCAACCUCUGACCUUGGCGUGAUCUCUCACCUCUACUACCAAACCACGCCCACAGGUGAAGUGUGUAUGGAGCAGUGUGAGAGCGCAGCGGCUCUGCUGGAGUCGGUCAGAGAGCAGGAGGUGCAGUUUGAACAGCUGACCCGGGCACUGGAGGAGGAGAGGAGGAGAGUGGGCCUCCCUGCCACCAGCCCCUCUGCCCUGGGUCGCCCCCUCCCUCACACACAGAACGGGCGUUUAGGGGAUGCAGACAUAGAACGACUGAAACUGACUGACUCGUACAUAAACGGCACGCAGUACAGAAUGGUGGACCCUGCACACGGUGCUCUCGAUGAGAGCUACACACCAGAGGACGACUCGCAGGAAGUGCACUCAGUCUUUUCUGAAGAGGGAAUCACACGGCGGUCAGACAAUGGGAUGAAGAAACCAAUCUCGCGCACGGUCCUUCCCUCUGACUCAAUGUCCAUUGAAGGGGGCUUGUCGGUGUCCGGUAUGGGCGGCUACAGCGCCACACUGGACCGUCCUUACAGGCAGCCUGUACCAGGAGACUACCCCACAGCCACAGUGCCCAGAAACUACCACUAUGGGCCUGUAGGGGGUUACGAAGACUACCGGGGAGGCCCACCAUCAGAGGCAUACACUAGUCUGAGCAGGGGCUCACACAUGGACGACCGCUACAGGCCAGUUGAUGGCUACAGGACUCUGGACUCUGGCUACCGGGCCCCAAGUCGUCAGCAGCUUGACCCUUAUGCAGCACAGCCCCAGGUGAGCCGAAUGAGGGCCCUGGGGUCAGCAUUGGAGAUGCGAUAUGGCCAAGGUCACUACGGCCUCGAGGAUGACCAGCGUAGCGUGGGAUAUGACGACUAUGGCAUGGGGCCUCCACCCAUGCACCCUGGAGGCUAUGGUACCAUGCCACGUCUCGGGCCCGGCCCCGGGGGUAUCGACAGACGCAGACUCAGGAGCUGUGAGGAUACUUUGGAUGGUGACAUGGGAGGAGUUGACCCUUAUACAUGGACUGUUCCCAUGACGAUGGAGAGGGGGAGCAUGGCCUCAUUGGACAGCACUCUGAGAAAGGGUCCUCCCACUUCAUGGAGACAGCCGGAGCUGCCGGAGGUCAUUGCCAUGUUGAACUAUCGCCUGGACCCUGUCAAGACCAACGCUGCCGCCUUCCUCCAGCAUCUCACAUUCAAAAAUGAUAAGGUUAAGUCAGACGUGCGUCGCCUGAAGGGCAUCCCGGCCUUGGUGUCGCUGCUGGAUCACCCUGGCAAGGAAGUGCACCACUCGGCCUGUGGAGCAUUAAAGAACAUUUCAUAUGGGCGAGACCAAGACAACAAGAUCGCCAUCAAGAACUGUGAUGGAGUGCCCGCUCUGGUCAGGUUAUUGAGAAAAACCCGCGACCAGGACCUCACUGACACUAUCACAGGCACCUUGUGGAACCUCUCAUCCCACGACUCUGUAAAGAUGGAGAUCGUGGACCACGCCCUGCACGCUUUGGCCGACGAAGUCAUCGUUCCUCACUCCGGCUGGGAGCGAGGGAGCAACGGAGGAGAGGAGAGCUGCAAACCACGCCAUCUGGAGUGGGAGACCGCCUUGACCAACACUGCUGGCUGCCUUAGGAAUGUUAGUUCAGAGCGCAGUGAGGCCCGGCGAAAGCUGAGAGAGUGCACAGGAUUGGUGGAUUCACUCAUGUACAUCGUCCAAUCACAGAUUAACCGCAAAGAUGUGGACAAUAAGUUGGUGGAAAACUGUGUCUGCCUCCUGAGGAAUCUGUCCUAUCACGUUCACCGCGAAGUCCCUGGGAGCGAGCGCUAUGCAGAGGCUGCGCCUCUCAACCAGGGGCCUGCCACCGCUAACAAAGGCGGCUGCUUCGGCUCUCGAAAGGGCAAAGAUGAGUGGUUUUCCAAAGGAAAAAAGGACGGAGAUGAUGGAAGUGGAGAUCAGGUCGACAUUCCAAAGAGGACAACACCUGCCAAAGGUUACGAGCUGUUGUUCCAACCAGAGGUGGUUCGUGUUUACACAUCGCUGCUCAGAGAGAGCAAGAACCCCUCGGUGCUGGAGGCAGCUGCUGGCGCCAUCCAGAACCUGUGUGCCGGCCGAUGGACAUAUGGUCGGUAUAUCCGGGCCACUGUGCGUCUGGAGAAGGGUCUUCCCAUGAUGGCAGAGCUGCUGGCACAUGGCAAUGACCGCGUGGUUCGGGCAAUGUCCGGAGCCUUGAGGAACCUCGCCAUCGACAACCGUAACUGUGAACUGCUCGGUUUGCAUGCAGUGCCUCACCUUGUUGCCAACCUGCCUGGAGGCCAGAGUCAGUCUGGGCGCACCCUGUCAGAGGAGACAGUGGUGUCUGUACUGAGCACGCUCACUGAGGUGCUAGGCAACAGUCUGGAGGCAGCAAAGACUCUCCGAGCUUCGCAGGGCAUCGAGAGGCUGGUGUUGAUCAACAAGGACGGCAAGCGCUCAGAUCGUGAGGUGCGAGGGGCCGGCCAGGUGCUGCAGCUCGUCUGGGCCCACAAAGAGCUGCGCCGGCCUCUUGAGAAAGACGGCUGGAAGAAGACGGACUUCAUGGUCAAUCUCACCCCCAACACCGGCACCACCAACGGCCCGAGCACCCGAGCAAAUGGCACCUAUGAAGACAGCACCACACCACUGCUAGACAGAGGAGAAAAGAGGGACAUGAUUCCACUAAAUGACCUUGGCCCUGAGGCCUACUCUACACUGGACCAGAGGGAGAGGAGACACACUCUGGAUGAAACCACAGACACUUUACCGCGAGGGGUGUAUGGGGGCAGAAAGGGCUCCUUGCCCCUGUUGGACUCUUACGAUGGUUAGCCCCCCUCCCCUCUACCCUCCCUCUGCAUGUAACAGCAUGAAAAACUGAUAGUAUGCAUCACCCAGACUGGGCCGUCCCUGCCCUACCACUGCUACUGAGGAGAGAAGAUCCAGAUGCACAGACUCUCUCCCUCUCGCCCCCUCCUCCCCCCCUUCCUCCUCUUCCUCCUCUCCUCUCUUUCUCUCUCUAUCAACACACAGAUGGGAUUAGAAGAUGAGGGUUGGCAUCCAAAGAAAGUGGCUGUGUUGCAGGCAAACCUUUUCAUGCAACACACACACAUACACACUCGCACACAGACGUACAGAUACAUUCACACUGACAUGUUACAAAUUCAUUCAACCGUAGCAACAGAAAUAUAUAUUCAGUUUUUUUAAAUUAUAAUUCUUCUGUAAAGGCAAUCACCUUUGUCGACAAUCAUUUAAAUUCUGGUGUUGUCAUUCUGCUUUUAAUUUUUUAAUUUUUUCUCUUGCUAUCGUCAACAUUUUGGUAAAUUUUGUCAUGGUCGACAUGUUGCCAACACUCGCAUCCUUGUAGGUAGACUUCUAUGUAGGGUAUAUAUACUGUAUAUAAAAAGAAAAAUGGUAUGACUGCAUUAGUUUUGGCUCAUUAAUUUAAAUCGUCCACUGGGAUCGUUUGGACUAGCCGACAGACCGCCGGCCGCCCUGUAGAUUGGGAAUGUUUAUAUAGGAGUUAUUUUCCUGUCUAGAGUUAUUUUCUCUCGGUUGGGACGAGCACAGGUGCAGACAAGAAAGCGCAGGCGUGUGUACAUUUUUGUCAUACAGUAAGCCUGUGGCCGUGUGUGUGUAUGUGGAAAAUGAAUAUGGACCUUGGAGUGAGUGUGUUUCUUUGUGUGUGCGCGCGUUCACAGACCAGACCACAGACCAUAAGACCACAUGUUGAUUAUUUCAUCUGUUCAUGUUGACUACCUUUAUCUUGUGCUCCUAGUCCUGUGACUAAACAUUGUUUUUAUUAUUUUUUAGUUUUUAUGUACCAUCUGCCUCUCUUUGUUUUUCUUUUCUUCCCCUGGUGAAAAUCACAAUUUCAGCUGCUGCGUUUUUUUGAUUUUUCUGUUUGGAUUUAGCCGACUAGACUAAGUAUAAGACAUCAAACGUGGUAUUCAAAUGUGAAGCAGAGAACUUAACACUACUAAACCACUAAAACUAGUUGACAUCCUGCUUCAGAAACCAUUUCUGGCUCUACUGCUCUAACAGAACGAACAACACUAUAUAGACACAGCCUUCUCUUCAGCUUGUUCAUUUUAGUAACACUUCAGGAGGAUUGCUUUCAUAUAAUUAUCUCUAAAGAAUCACUACUUGCUGUUGUUUAGUUUUUUUGUUGUUCAUAUUGGCAUUCGUGAUGUGCCAUUUUAUAAACAAAACACCUAAAUAUGGGAGACUUCUUCACUCAGAGGAGACUCGAGUUUUAACAGACAGACAGGGGAGACAAACUGAUGUGUAAUUUAAGUUGGAAGUGGACAAAAAGCACAUUUGGUCCAUUUGUUACUGUUUUUUGUUAACUUUUUUCACUUUGUGUCCAGUUUGUUUGUAUUUUAUUUCGGGGGUUUGUAUGUGUGGGAGUGGUGGGUGAGAGCAUUAUGCAAUUUGUUCAACUUUUUAGUCACAGUUUUACCGCCAAGUUGUUUUUAAGGCAAAAGAGACCAAUCAUCUUUGUUUUUUACUCUCCACACAGUAUAUUUGUAAUGUUGCCUAUCCAUGUAAAAUUAUGAUGUACCAUUCAUACCUGCCUUGGCUCUGAGAAGUUGCUUUUUUCAGUAAAGUAUGUAACUGGUAAUACUGUUGUUUUUAUAAAUAAAGAUCUUUUCUUAGACCAGA